AUGAGCAACGACAAAUUGGUGAAGCUGUUUUCCCAAAACCUGGGUACCAGAGGGAUGGGGAAAAAAGAGAGGCCUUCCCCCAUGGGGGGAUCAGCACACGCUUCUAAUGUGUCCCCACCGUCCAGCGGCGUAGGAAAGCAAUCCAACAGCUUCUUGAGUUGCGGUUCAGCCAAAACGUCCACAAACGAUUCGUGUACCUCCAUAAAGAGUGAGCAGCUAAAUCCGUAUAAGCGAGUAAAAUCGCUAAAUGAAUAUGUGUACAAAUUUAAAAAACUGACACCUGAAGGGGUGACGGCACGCGGGGGUAGCAACAUAUUUACGACGUUUAACACGAACCGGAGGAAAACAAGCUCCUCGGAUUUAUGGGACCGUUCCAGUGCCCAUUCUCGGGAGCACUCCACGUCGGAGAUGACAUCGCAGACUUCACGCGAAGACUCAAAUUCCCAUUUAGAGUUCAAGUCGAUACCAAGCGGAACGAGUGCCAACAAGGAAACACAGAUUUUGCCUCAUCAAGCGGAGGAGUACUCAACACCGAACAAUGAUUCUCCAUCUGCCGAUGCAGAAGACAUCGCCAUUUCUUCUCGUCCCCAUCUUCUACGCAAUUACGAGACGUUCAAAUCGCAUAUGAGCAUAGAUUCGUCCCCCCUGUGUUCUUAUUUGAAUACCAUUGGUCGGUUAGAAAGGGAAGGGCGAAACGGGGGCAAAGCUAUCCUGAGUGGAGUCGGAGGAACAUUGCAGAGCAGGGAUCCCUCCUUAGGAGAAACUGCUGAACAGAUGAUCAACCUGGAGAAGGACGUUAAGGGGGGGGAACCAGCCCGCGGAUCGCUACCGACAGGAUGUCGAAUGGACGAAAAGGAAGUAAACAACUUCUUCAAGAUUGCCAUUGUGCACAACAGACUCAUAAGCAGACAUAAAGAGAAGACAGGAAAAAAAGUGAAAAAAAUAUUCUACAAAAAUAGGAAAAUGUGUAUAACUAUCCAAAUGAGUAAACAUAAAAAUAAAAAAAUAUGGACAGAGUUAACAUAUUGUGAAAAUAAAACAUUGAUAAAAAAUCUCCGACAAAAUCAAAAUUCUAUAUAUAAUAAAAGAAUCAGAAAAUGCUUUUUUAAGUUUUUCCUGGACCGUAUCAUUUCUUUUUACUUUAUGAGGAACACCAAGGAGGUGGAAGCAAGAAGGGGGACCUUCAACCAUCAUGUGGAGACGCACAUUCGUCAGCUUGCGCUAAUGGGCGGUUUUUACAGGGGGGUUAGCAGAGGCUUUAGCAGGGGUCCUACCAACGGGGAGCCAUUUCACCCAUUUAAAAGUCCACACAAAAGUGAUGCACCGAAAAAAACGAGAGAGAAAAAAGACCGUGCAGAAAAUGAGGUAGUACUUCAAGCCGUAACAAAACUUUCCUACCUCUUCGCCACCCCAGACAGUAACGUCACUCUAGGCAGUGGCAACAUUUUAUUUCCAGGUUGCUACAUCAGCUCACAGAAGGGGAACAUCUACAUCGGCAACAACAACUUAUUUGAGGACAACAUAACCAUUAUCAAUUGCGCAGAUGCCCAUAUGUACAUUGGCAAUUAUAACAUAUUCCGAUCCGGGACAUUCAUAGCAAAUGUCCUCACCAUUGGGGAUCAUAAUUACUUUGACUAUAAGUGCUCCAUAUCCAACGACAGCAUUGGGUGUCGUUCAUAUAUUCGAGCCAACCUGUUUGCGGAAAAAAAGAGGGAUGGAAGCCUUCACGCCUUAAGGUAUCGCAACACUGUAACGGAUAUGUCCCCACCAUUCGUCGACGUAAGGGAGAGCUUUGCUAAGUGA